AUGAUCAUGAAAAAUGAGAGCGCUCUGUCAGCAGUCAAACAAUCAACACGUGCUAAUCCAAACUUAUUGUUGAUUGAUGAAAUUAAUGUUUUACUUAGUGAUAAAUAUUAUGGUGGAAUGUACAUACCAUCAGUUUAUCUUAAGGAUCAUUCUAUAAAAGCAUUACUAGAUUCUAUAUGGCAGAGUAAGACAGUGAUAUCCUUAAAUAAAGUAAAAGCUCUACCAGCAUAUACAACCUGUGAUACUAAAUAUAGCAAUUGGAUAUUUUUUUUUGAUGAAGCUAUAAAAGAUAUGUUAACUGCUUUGCAAUCAUAUCAAUCAUCAACAUAUAUUGUUCAGAAGGAUAGAAUUGUCUAUGUCGAAGGUGAAUCUUUAGUAGAUAAUAUGAAUAGUUUAGAAGAAAAUGUUGGUAUUCUUAUCGAUUGUGGAACAUUUUUAUAUGCUGAAAUGCCUCAUGAUUUUGCAUAUAUUGGUGAUGUAACAGGUACUUUAAAAACACUUGCAAAUGUAGAAAAACAAAUUGUAGAAAAAGUUUAUGGAAUUAAUAAAGCAACAAUUAUGCCAUCAGUGUUUGGAAGUUGUAAUCGUAAUUAUAAUCCAGAAAAUGAUGUCCGUGUUGUAGAUGAGAAUGAAUAUUUUAUGUAUAUUCUUGGAGAAAUUAAUCCGAUACAUUUAUCUUCUAUAAAAUCAGAUGUACAAAUUAUAACGGAAAAGGUAUCUGCUAAAGAAAGAGAAUUAUGCAUGAAACAUGCAGCAACCAUCGGUAAAAUAACAUUGAUAACUCGAAUAUUCAGUCGAGGAACUGAUUUCAUUUGUCGUAAUCAAAAUUUAUUAGCUAAUGGUGGUAUUCAUGUUGUUCAAAUGUUUUCUUUUUCUGAGGAAUUAUCCGAAGAAUAUCAAAUUAUGGGUAGAGGUGCACGACAGGGAGAUCAAGGUUCUUACAGAAUGAUAUUAUUAGAUAAUGAUUUGGAAUGGAUACUUGGUUCUUUGUGGGAAACAGAAAUUCCGAAAAUAAUGGAUAAUUUGCUUUACAAAACCUUGAAUGGAGCUCGUACUAAACUUGAUGAGAGUAAGUGUAGUGCUAAGGAGCUUGAUAUCGCACAAUGUAGAACUGAGCAUAAAGCUUCCAAAGAAUUUCUGAAUGCACUGACUUCAGAAAAUAUCGAACAGGUGAAACUGUUUUUGAAGAAACGAAAUGAAGGAAUAAACUCAAUAACAGCUUCGUCACGUACCGUUUUGCUUAUGGAUGCAACAGAUUCUAUGUCAAAUUUAUUAUCUGCUACCAAAGAAACCGUCUGUACGGUGUUUGAACGUGCUUCGACUAUUCUAACAGAAAAAGGAUUACCUAAUGAUGCAUUUCAAAUGCAGUUUGCUGUGUAUCGAAAUUAUAAUUGUAAAGAAAAUGAAAUUUUGCAAGUUUCUCCUUGGACCAUAAAAUGUAGUAGCUUAAGAGAAAUUAUGAACAGUAUUCGUUCUUGUGGUGGAUGGAGAUGUGAAGCUAUUGAGAUCGGUUUAUCGCAUGCAGUUCAAGAAAGUGAGAUUCCAGAGUCGAUCUCUCAAGUCAUUUUAAUUGGAGAUGCACCAGCAAACACUCAAGCAGAUGUUAGUAGCAAACGAGCACAUUUUGGUGAACCAUACCGGCAGAACACUAGAUUUAGUACGCCAACAUACUAUGCUACUGAAUUACAAAAAUUGAAAAAUAAAAAAUUCCCAUCCAUGCAUUUUACCUCACUUCAGCAGCAGCAGAAAAUUUCGAAGAAUUUGCGAGUGAGACAUCUGGCUGUUGCGAAAAACUAG